AUGGAACUUCGCCAACACUCUCAGAUAGAACAGAUCGAGAAUGCAAAAAUUGAGAGAAGGAGGAGAGAGCAUGCAGAGCGCCUUAAACGCAUCAUGGAUGAGAAAAAUCUCCAAAUGGGAAUGGAUUAUGAUGCGCUUCAGAAGCAAAUAGAUGAGAAGAAAGCAAGGCUUCAAGCAGAAAAGGAAGAAGAAGAGGCAUACAAUCAGAAGUUCCUAGCAGAACAGAAACUUUUAGCCAAGUUAGCUGCUCAUGAACAGGCAGAACUUAAACAGAUUCAAAAAGAUAUCAACGAAUUCAGAGCUACUCGUCAAAGACCAGAAAUGGAAAGAGAAUACGAUUUGAAUAGGAAAGACUACAUUAAAGUCCAGCCUCAAAUGCGUAUAACAGAUAACGAUCCAUGGUUAAGUGUCAGUAGUGGUCUCAAAUUCGAUGGUGAAGAUUUAACAGCAGAAGAAAGACUUAAAGCUCAAAAGGAACAACGCGAGAGAUGGGGAAAGCAACAAAUCGCUGAAAAGAAAAACCGUUUGGCAAAAGAACGCGAAGAAGACAAGGAAUGGGAACGCCGUUACUUAGAAUACAACGCAAUAUCAAGACAGGUAGGCGAAAUGGAAGACCAAGCCAGAAAAGAAUGGCGCGAAGAAUGCAAUCAAGAAAAUCUUCGUCUUGCUGCUGAAAAGCGUGCAAGAGAGGAAGAAGAUCGUCGCUUAGAUCUCGAACUCAAUCAAUACGAGAUUAACUCUACAAUUGAUAGACUUAAUCAGUCUCAAGCUAACGAUGAGGCUGCAGCAGCCAAUGGCGGAUCCUUCGUUGAAGGCAAGCGUGGCCAGAUGGAUACACAAGCAUACAAGGGAAUGACUCCAGAACAAAUCGAGCGUUUGAAACAAAUUCAGCUUCAACAAAUCGAAGAAAACAGGAAGCGUCGCGAAGCAGAGGCUGAACAAGAGAGAAUCGACGAAGAGAACAGGAAGAAGGCCGCUAGAGAUGCAUUGAAGGCAUCUAGAGCUGAAGAAAGAGAAAGAAAGAGGAGAUUACUCGAGAACCUCGAAGAAAACAGGAAGAUGGCAGAGUCUAAGACCAUGACUAGAUCUGUUGAUGAUCUUCUUGAAGGAGAUAAGAAUAAUUGGUGGCCAUUUGGAAAAUCUCACCGUUAA